AUGGCGGAGUCACGGCGACGGAGCUCGUCUUCUUCUUCGUCUUUGUUGAGUUCCGGCAAAAUUUCGGUGAGAAUCGAAGGGGAAAUCGGCGUUGAUGUUGGAACUAGCGGCGAUGGUAAUGAAUUGGAGAGCAGAGAGGCAGUUGAUGUUGCUUCAGUUAGUAACGGAAUCAGCAGCGGGACUGAAUUGGAAUCAAACACUUCAAGGGUUCAAAUGCCUGGUGCUAACAAAUCAGAACCAAUACCGAUUCAGCUUAAGUUAGAAACAUGCAAAACUGAGGGGCAAAGACAUCAAAAUAUACUUGCUGAUGAGGCUGCAAAAUUUUUCGAUGACAAGAUUCCUGUUCAGCUGAAGCUUAAAUUGUUGAACAGAAUAGCUACUGUCAAAGAUGAUGGAACUGUAGAGUUUGAGGUUCCAGGGGAUGUCGAAGCCCAAACUCUUGGUGUUGGAUCUGAUGAUGUAUAUAAUACUGUUGUGGAUGAUGAGCCUCUUGAUGCAACAGACCUUCAAUAUAUACCACCACUGCAAAUAGUAAUGCUUAUCGUUGGCACUCGAGGAGAUGUGCAGCCAUUUAUUGCAAUUGGUAAACGUCUACAGGAUUAUGGCCAUCGUGUUAGACUAGCAACUCAUUCAAAUUUCAAAGAAUUUGUCUUGACAGCUGGGUUGGAUUUUUUUCCUUUAGGCGGAGAUCCUAAAGUUCUUGCUGGUUACAUGGUAAAAAAUAAAGGCUUCUUGCCAGCAGUGCCGUCUGAGAUACCCAUUCAACGAAAUCAAAUGAAAGAAAUUAUACACUCCUUGCUUUCUGCCUGCAGGGAUGCCGAUAUUGAUUCAGGCAUCCCUUUUAAGGCUGAUGCCAUCAUUGCCAAUCCUCCAGCGUAUGUGAUUUUUGGUUUCAUAUCUGGCAUCGAAGUUGUUAUGCCUAAAACUGCUUUCCUAAUAUAUGAAGAUCAAGGGCAUACUCAUGUGGCAGAGGCACUAAAAGUUCCGCUUCAUAUAUUUUUCACCAUGCCAUGGACGCCAACUAGUGAAUUUCCACAUCCCUUGUCCCAUGUCAAGCAACCAGCUAGAUAUCGAGAAAAAAAGUUGAACCUACAACCUGUCACGUAUCUUAGUGGUUCACAGGGAUCCGAUUCUGAUGUGCCACAUGGAUACAUAUGGAGUCCCCACCUUGUCCCUAAACCAAAAGAUUGGGGGCCUAAAAUUGAUGUAGUUGGUUUCUGUUUUCUCGACCUAGCAUCAAAUUAUGAACCUCCUGAAUCACUUUUGAAAUGGCUUGAGGCUGGUCAGAAACCUAUUUAUAUUGGAUUUGGUAGCCUUCCUGUCCAAGAACCAGAAAAAAUGACCCAAGUAAUUGUUGGAGCAUUGGAACAAACUGGGCAGAGGGGCAUCAUUAAUAAAGGCUGGGGUGGCCUGGGUAACUUGGCAGAACCGAAGGACUUUAUAUACUUGCUGGAUAACUGCCCACAUGAUUGGCUAUUCUUGCAAUGCAAGGCAGUGGUUCAUCAUGGAGGUGCUGGAACAACAGCUGCUGGUCUUAAAGCUGCGUGCCCUACAACUAUUGUGCCUUUCUUUGGUGACCAAGCUUUCUGGGGUGAGCGGGUGCAUGUGAGAGGAGUAGGUCCUCCACCCAUACCUGUUGAUGAGUUCUCACUUACAAAGUUGGUUGAUGCAAUAAAUUUCAUGCUAGAACCCAAGGUCAAGGAGCGGGCGGUGGAGCUUGCCAAGGCCAUGGAGAAUGAGGAUGGUGUUACUGGAGCAGUGAGAGCAUUUUUCAAGCAUCUCCCUCGAAGAAAGCCUGAGCCUGAGCCUGAGCCUGAGCCGUCACCGAACCAUCAAGUUUCCUUUAUAACAGACAUGGAACCAGAAGAAAAGGUUUCUCCAAUCAAUGCAGAAGUCGAGGACACAACAGCACGAGUAUUUCCUUGUUUAUUCUGUUCAAGAAAGUUCUACAGUUCUCAAGCCUUAGGAGGCCACCAAAAUGCUCACAAGAAGGAGAGACAUGCAGCAAGGAAGGCAAAAAGAGCAUCUGAAUAUGCACAGCCUCCACCACCAACAUUCCCAAUGAUGUUUGCUCCAAGUCACCAUUUAGGGCUGUUACACCCUUCAAUGUACAUAACUGCUCACGCAGCCAACCUCCACUCUCCUCCUACUCACCAGUUUUCUGAUCGUUUGGGUUCCAAUGGUGCAGCCAGGUUUGAUAAUGUGCUGUUUUAUGGAAGCAAUAGGUAUCAUCAAUAUGAUCAAGAAGACGAGCAAAGUUUCUUGAAUUGGCAAAGGAGCAUAAGAUUCAACGGAGGUGGGUCCAACCAACAUCUUUCAAUGGUGAAUGGCAAUCCCAAUAUGGGGAUGAGGAAUGAUAAAGAUAAGAAACUUGAUUUGUCUCUCCAUUUAUGA